AUGUACGAUGUCGAUGAUGACAUUCGUUACAAAGUAAUCCGUGGUAAAUACAACGAAGAUUUCGACCUGAUAAUUAUGGAACCAUUAAGUGUCAACUGCAUGUCAUACCUGUCAAGCACACUGAACUUACCGAUAAUAUAUGACGUGAUCCCGUCCCCCACGAUUACUUACGCGGAACAUACGUUUACUGGACACAUAUCGAAUUCCGCGGUUGUCUCUAAUUUAUUAGCACAACGAGCCGUACCCAAGACGUUCGUCCAAAGAGUAGCGAACACCGCACUUUUGGCGUAUAGUAUGUUAAUAACUGUAUAUGAUGAAUGGAUGCUGAGAAGCACUGAUCAAAGACCGUACGAUUUAUCUCCCAAGGUUUAUCCAUCUAGAAUAUUUCAAAACUCCCACUACAUAAUUGAGUCUUCGAGGCCAGUUUUGCCUAAUAUUGUUGACGUAGGUGGUAUUCAUUUAAAACCACCAAAAAGUAUAUCACAACCUCAUGGAGUGAUUUAUUUCACAUUUGGUUCAAUAAUUCAACUAUCUUCAUUACCAGAACAUAAUAUAGAAUCGUUUAAAGAAGCAAUUGCUAACGUCCCACAAAAAGUUUUAAUGUUUUAUGGAAAUAUGAAGGUGAAAUGA